GUUGUUCGCGGGGUGAUCCACUCGCGCGCGCUCCUCCUCCUUCCACGCGACAAAACCGCAGCCACCAAAGAACCGCCCGGUGCUGCCGUGCUGCGUGCUCUCUGACGUGCGGGCCGGCGGCGAUGUCUGUGCAGUGCGCGGCGGUCCGGGCGCUCGCGGCGCCCCCGGCGGCAGGCGCGUCGCGCCGUGUCGCUUUGUCGCCGCUGCCGCAGCGGCGCCGGCCGAGGCUCAGGGCGGCCGAGUCGCCGUCCCCGCCGGCCGCGGCGCCCGCGGCCGCGGCCCCGGCCGGCAAGGCCGUCGUCCCGGACGAGGAGUUCACCCUCGCCAAGGUUUCGUUCGGCGUGAUUGGGCUGGGUAUCGGAGGCACCCUCUUGUCGUAUGGAUUCGGGGCGUAUUUCAACCUUCUUCCUGGCUCGGAGUGGUCCGCGCUGAUGCUUACCUACGGCUUUCCUCUCACGAUCAUUGGCAUGGCAUUGAAGUAUGCUGAACUGAAACCGGUGUCCUGCACAACCUACGCUGAUGCUUUUGCUCUAAGAGAAAAGUGUGCUACCCCUAUCCUCAAUCAGGUCAGGAGUGAUGUUACACGUUACAGAUACGGUGAUGAGCAGCACCUGGAUGAAGCAUUGAAACGAAUCUUUCAAUAUGGUUUGGGUGGUGGAAUUCCAAGGCGUAGUGCACCUAUUUUGCAAAACAUUCGGGAAGAAGUAACUGAUGACGGGAAGUACAGUUUAGUACUUGCAUUUGAAGCCAAAGCAUUGGAGCUAUCCGAUUUCGAGAAGAGACAGGCCAAAUUCACGUCCUUUUUCGGUCCUGGAAUUAAGGCAGAAAUUGGAAAAAGUGGUGAUGAUCUAUAUGAAGUUCGGCUUAUCUCAGAAACUACUUAGGAAACGCACAGACAGACUCUUUCAGUUCCCUUUUCUGCUAAUAUACAAGAAAAUAUUUUUUUUCUUUUCCUUGUUCCACUAAUCUGUGUAUAUGAUGUUAAUAUUGUCAGAGUUUUUCCAUUAUAUGCGUCAUGGCUACUGAGCUUUUGUGUCUACUGGUUCUAGUCUGACGGAGAACUAGCAUUUUCAGUGGACAUGCACAUGCGCAAAUGAAGAUUAUUGUAAUAUACAUGUAAAUGGACUGGAUUCAGAGAUUUGCCCAUACAUAGUAAAGUAGUAGCUGACAUUAUUUUGGAAA